GCCAUAUUGGAGCUUUGGAAAUAAAGCGGCUCUAAUAUUCUAUGUGCCCUGGAAAUAAAGCCGUGCAUUUGAAAAAACCAAACCCACCACCACCUCCACCUGCCAGCCCAGGCCCACAGCCACCUCCACGCACGGGGCCCUGACCAUGGGCCGGGGACCGUGGCUCCUGCAGCCCUGCCUGUGCCUCUCGGGGCUCAGCUUGCUCUUCUCGCUGGCGCCCCCCAGCCUGGGCAUGGAGGUCAUGGCACCCGUCACCGUCAACGCGCUCAACGGCUCCUCCGUGCGCCUCCCCUGCACCUUCAACUCCUGCUACAAGGUGGAGAACAAGCAGUUCUCCCUCAACUGGACGUACCAGGUCUGCGACAACUGCACCGAGGAGCUGUUCCUGCAGUUCCGGUUGAAGAUCAUGAACAAGCAGCUGGACCGCUUUGGGGACCGGGUGCAGUUCACCGGGAACCCUAGCAAGUACGACGUGUCCUUCACCCUGCGGGAUGUGCAGCUCGAGGACGAGGGCACCUACAACUGCUACGUGCUGAACCCCCCGGACCGGAACCGGGGCCACGGCCGCAUCCAGCUGAAGGUCCUCACCGAAGAGCCCCCAAAGCGCGACUCAACGGUGGCCGUCAUCGUGGGUGCCUCCGUGGGCGGCUUCCUGGCCGUGGUGAUCCUGGUGCUGGUGAUUGUCAAGUGCGUGCGGAGGAAAAAGCAGCAGCGGCUCAACACAGACGACCAGAAGACGGAGGAGGAGGGCAAGACCGACGGCGAAGGCAACCCGGAUGAGGGCACCAAGUAGCUGCCCGCCCCACUUGCCCCUGUACAGCGUGACCC